GGGCGGCGGCGUUUGCGUUGCGCAAGCAUAGCUGUAGAUUAUUGGGAUCUCAGGUAAAGGUGUGGGAAUACAGCAGAGAGGUCGAUGGGAGCUGCUGCUGUAGGUCAGGUAGGACUCAAUUGAUGGCCCUUUAAUUUCACUUCACGCCGUCGUAACGCGCCGCUCCGUUUUCGCGUCCCCCCCCCCCCCCCCCAAAUGUUCAAGACGGCCAAUUACCCGACGGUGGAUCCAGCGCCCACCAUCAUGCACGGCACUUGGCUCACCACGGGGUGCCGAGAAACGCCCGUAGCGGUGGAGAAACCUAAGAAAAAAGCGUUCAGCCUGGUCAAAAUCAUGUCUCUCAGCAACAAGAAAGGGCACGGCCAGCAUCCGCACCACAACAACAACAUGCCCUUUACGAUCCACUGUCACAUCGGAAAAGAGAUAAAGCACAUUUGCAGCAAUUGCAGCCGCGGGAACGACACGCAGGACGCUGAGGAAGUAGAGAGGCUGGCCGCCAUGCGUUCUGAGUCCUUGGUCUCCGGCACCCACACUCCACCCAUCCGUCGUCGGAGCAAGUUUGCCACUCUGGGACGCCUCCUCAAGCCCUGGAAAUGGAGGAAGAAAAAGAGUGAGAAGUUCAAGCAGACCUCUGCUGCUUUGGAGAGGAAGAUGUCAAUGCGACAGAGCAGAGAUGAGUUGAUCAAGAGAGGAGUGCUGAAAGAGAUCUUUGAAAAAGGUUUCUCCACCGCUACGGGCGUUUCUCGGCACCCCGUGGUGAGCCAAGUGCCGUGCAUGAUGGUGGGCGCUGGAUCCACCGUCGGCUCUGCAUUGCACGGCGGUGGUCAGUGUGCUCCCCUGGACAGGAGAGAAGUGCCAUCUGUGAUCAUCGACUACGAGGAUGACAAGGAGAACAUGCCCAACGAGUCCGACUACGAAGAUUUGCCCAGCAUGUAUAAGGACGAGGACGACGAUGUGGAUGAUGAAGAGGACGAUGACGAUGACGACAUAUUUACAAGUACCCUGGCUCAGAAGGUGCUGAGGAAAGACUCUCUGGCAAUCAAGCUGAGUAACCGUCCAUCCAAAAGAGAGCUGGAGGAGAAAAACAUCCUGCCCAUGCAGACAGAUGAGGAGAGACUGGAGUCUAGGCAGCAGAUAGGCACCAAACUAACAAGGCGCUUGAGUCAGAGACCCACAGCGGAGGAGCUGGAACAGAGGAACAUCCUCAAACCUCGCAAUGAGCAGGAGGAAAUGGAGGAGAAGAGGGAGAUCAAACGAAGGCUAACAAGAAAGCUGAGCCAGAGGCCCACUGUGGAGGAGCUGAGACAGGCCAAAAUUCUCAUCCGAUUCAGUGACUACGUGGAGGUGUCAGAUGCCCAGGACUACGACAGGCGGGCAGAUAAGCCCUGGACCCGACUCACAGCAGCGGACAAGGCAGCUAUACGGAAGGAACUCAACGAUUUCAAGAGCAAUGAGAUGGAAGUGCACGAAUCAAGUCGCCAUUUAACCAGGUUUCACAGACCAUAGUAGACCACCACUGUCUUGAGCAGUGCCGGACCGGCGCUCUCCUCCACUGAGAACCUUAAGUGCUGGACAGUAAAAUGGUGCCCGUUUCUACAAUAAGGCCAUGUCUUCUGAAAUGCCUUUUCAAGACCCACACAACUGAGUCGGUACUACGCUCCAAGAUGCAGACACCCACUACUCAUCCACUGUAGUAGCACAUGAAUGACUCCAGUUGAUCCACAUCGCCCCUCUAUGGAAUUUGCUCGACCGUCUCUUCAACCUCUCUGCUGAGCUCUCAGGCAGGCGCUCAGUUCUGCGGCAAUCGGACAGCGGGAGAGUUUUGCAAUCGAUUGACACUUUCUACCGAGGGCGACCGUACCUCGGUUCAUCAAUAACACCGGUGAACUUGUCUCAGUGGACAUGUUUUUAAUCCCUCUUCUUAAUUAUGUUGUCACUCUGGACUCCUCUAGCCCUUGUGGACAGCUCUGUGCGAGGGACGCAGGGUUGAUAGUUCUGAGCUCAGCUGGAGAUCCAUCUUUACUGCACCUGCUGAGACGACGGCUCAGAAAGACACACGGGAAGGGGAGGGAGGCGUCCAACAUUAUGUGCAAUAUUUUUUUUCUUCUGCUUCUCCAAGGCUAUAGCACCCCCUAGAGUCCCCUCGGUGUCAUUGCGAUGUAGUCCUGACCUCUGUUCUUCCCUCAUAUGUGCAAUUCUCACUGUACCGACAAUGUUGACAUCUAAUGCUAACUGUGAAUUUGAGAGUUUGGGCGAUGCCCGCACUCUCUCCAAAUGUACAUUUUGUUUAUACUGAAGAAGGAAAGUUAAAAGAAGAAUCAUGCUUGACCAAGUUUCAUUCACAAUCUUAUAAAUUUACUGUAAAAAUUGCAGCUGGCAGAUAAAAUCUGGUUCCAGUGUGCACAACAAUUAUCUGUUUUAUAUGAUUUUUGUUAGUUUUUAAUUGUUUUUGAUAGAGGCACUUGGAUCAUAAUUAAUUUACAUGUUUUUACAUGCUCACCAUGUCGUUAUCCCUUACAUUUUUGUUCUGUUUGCCGCAGUGUGUUUUAUGCUCAUAAUGUGCAUUGUAUGAUACACUUUACUUUUCUACUUAUUAUAAGCUUUUGACCAAGCAAUAUCUGUUGUUUGUAGAGAAAUGGUUAAACUACAGGUGUACUCCCUAUCAUUUUUUUUACUGUGCUUAUACACUACGCCUCACUUCAGGGUUUUAAUUUUCUUUUAUACGUUUACUUUCGGAAGGCUUUAUUCAGGAGGACCUUUUCUGCUUUUUUCUUGUCUGAGCCACCAAAAACAUCUGCCUCUUUAAUAGAUUACGACACAUUCGGAUACAAUUUCAAAUCUGCAAUUGAAGUACAGGUAUUUGUGAAUUCACUGAGUCAGGAUUUUUAAAUUUUUACUUGCACUGUUAAGAGUUUGGCUUUACAACGGUCACUGUUUUAAGGUCAGGGCCCAAGGGUGUAAAAUAUUGUUGGAUAUCUGAUCUGUGACCAUUUUUGUCUCUUCACUUUAAUGUUACCUGAUCACUGAUCCUACACCAGUACUCCGAUGCUCAUGAGCUUUAUGUACACAGAAUAUUUUUAUUAUUUUUUACUGUAUUACUUUUAAAGUUGCAAUAUGAAAUUCUUGUUUGUCAGAUGAGACAUGGUAGAGGCGAAAGGCUGUUGGCUGCCUACUAUAAUGCAUCUGUCUGCAAAGGAAAAUGCGUUCUCCCUUAUUUUCAAGGUUUCCAUCAGUGACGGAUAGAUGACCCAAUAAAACCUGGGAACCGGGAACACAGAAAAUUGUUAUGCACUUUGUUUUUUUAUGUGAAAUAUAAGGAUUUUUUGUUAGAGUUUGGAGCAGUUUCUCCUCAAAAUCAGGACACAGUAUGUACUCGUCACGAUGCUCCUUUUUUAAAUCAAAAUUUCAUUGGGUCAUCUAAUCUCCGAAACUUUGAAAUAUGGGGUGUUUUUUGUGUUAGAACCAGCUUCUGUAACGAUUCCAGCAUCAUGCCAUUAUUUGAAAUUUCCCAUCCAUAGGUUCAGUACAAUAGAGCAUAAAUAGUAAUGAAUUUACACAAAUUCUGCUCCAGUUCUCAUUUCAGCUCUAAGAAACAAACCUGAGCCACUGGGCUGAGCAUGAGGUUUUUCCAUUUUGCUGGAAUCAAGGAACAUGAAUUCAGCAAUAAUCUGUUUCCUUUUACAUGUUGGUGGAGCAACUGAAUGAAUUUGAAAGUGUUCCUUUUUUCAUUUUUGAAAUACAGAAUACCAUGUAAAGGAUACAUCAUGCCAAUUAAAUUCCAUUUCUGAAUGCA